UGAUGGUCACGGCUUUAAUUCUGUCCACUCACCAGCCAGGGCGGGUGGGACAGGCGACCGGAAAAGGACCUGCAUUAUCACAAUCAGCUGCAUCUCGCAAUUGAACUGUGUGGAUCCCAUCAAUCAGUGAGCCUUUUGGGUGUGUCUAUUGUUGACCAGAACCGCUUUUUCUGACAUCUCCAGCACUGGGCUCUCUCACUCUCAGCUGAUUCGUGGGUUUUGUAUCUUCCCUUACUCUUCGUAUUUGCUUGUUCUCGUCUCUGUUUCAGACUUGAGAAAUGGCCAAUAGAGGACCAAGCUAUGGCCUGAGCAGAGAGGUUGAGCAAAAGAUUGAACAGAAAUAUGAUUCUGAAUUAGAAGAACGGUUAGUGGAUUGGAUCACUGCACAAUGUGGUGGGAAUGUGAAUCGUCCAGAUGCUGGAAAAGUGCACUUUCAGAAGUGGCUGAUGAAUGGUGCUUUAUUAUGUAAAGUUAUAAAUAGUCUUUAUCCAAAAGAUGAAGAGCCAAUUAAAAAAGUUCAGGAAUCCAAAAUGGCCUUUAAACAGAUGGAACAGAUUUCUCAAUUCCUGAAGGCUGCUGAAGCAUAUGGUGUUGCAACAAUGGAUAUCUUCCAGACUGUAGACUUGUGGGAAGGAAAGGAUUUGGCUGCAGUUCAAAGAACUCUAAUGGCUUUGGGUAGUGUAGCAGUUACUAAAGAUGAUGGAUAUUAUCGUGGUGACCCUAACUGGUUCCAUAAGAAAGCUCAGGGUAACAAGCGAGCAUUUUCUGAUGAACAGCUACGAAAGGGGCAAAGUGUUAUAGGUUUGCAGAUGGGAAGCAACAAAGGAGCCUCCCAGUCUGGUAUGACUGGUUAUGGCACGCCUCGUCAGAUCAUGUGAAUCACCAUCCUGUGUUGGGAAGCAUCAAAGCAAAUGGACUGUAUGCUCAAAACUGAAUCUUUAGCAGAAUUUAACUGCCGCCUUCUGAAGCAUCACGAGCAAGAUGUUUCUGCUUCAAUUGUGGGUUUUUCUUUUUAAAGGAUUACUCUGGCUGUGUUUAAAAGAAACCAUUUAAAUUUGCAGUAUUAAUCAGUUGUUUUCACCAAUCUAACCUGACCAAGACCUGUUCUAAAAUUUACCUGUUACUGAUGGAGGUGGUGAGGAAAGAAUUUUUUGGGAGCAUUUGAAGUCAAGUAUGGUCUUCACCAUUCUCUUGAUCUGCAAUUGGUAGUUUACAGAAAUUUACCAUGCUACACCUUGGUCAAGUGUUAUGUUACUGUGAAACCCAGUUUAGUAAUUUUACUGGAUAUUAAGUAUCAACUGGAUAUUCAAUUAGUCUUCAGUGGGGACUUGAGCAACCGACUAAGCGUUGUUGUCUGAAUCCUCCUGAUUCAAUCAGGAUAACAGGACUGGCAAGUUUUUAAUGGCUGAGCGGUUAAAUGCAAGAAUAGUAUUUUUCUGGAGCUGUUCUGCUUUUGGCUUCAUGAGGUAAAUGAUGACUGGGAAUGGGCACAUUUGGAAGAAGUGAUGUCUGAAAUGUAACUGAGCCUACACUCUACUGAUUAUGUUAAAGGUCAUAUAAUUUAGCCCCUCUAAAUAUUCUUGUAUUAACUCAGUUUUAUCUCUUGUACACAAGGGUGCUGACUAAUUUUUCCAACUCCUAUUUACACUUAACUGCAUUUACUGGUAGGGUUUAUGUUUUAUCUUUGCAUUAUACACUAUCAUGUUUUCCCACAAAUUGAAUUUUUAAAUGUUUUCAGAUGGGCAUCUGAGUUAAACAGUUGGUUUUACUAUUCAGAUUCCUGGGUCUUGCACAAAUCAGUCACAAACAUUUUUAUUCCCUUCUGAGCUAAAUCACAAAACCUUGUCAUAGAACUCUUGCUUUGACGUUAAGAGGCAGCACAUCCAUGAAUGUAACAAUAAACAUUGUUGGAAAUUAAUUGUUUGAACUUGUCAAUGUAAAAUUGAUCCUUGUAUUUAUUGCAAAUUGUCAUGAACUACUAAAUUUGAUAUCCAAUACAUUUCAUUGCUUCAGUUAAAUUCAAUGCUAGCCUACAAUUACCAUAUUGAGUAAGCAUUGCUGUGAAUAUUUUGGGUUGGAUAUUUGUAUUUAACAAUUUAAGAUUUUAUUCCCCUGCUGAACUGCCAAUGUUACCAUGUCUAAUCUGAGAAAUAUCAACCUGUCUAAUGUAGGUCCUCCUUUGAAUUUUCACUAGAAGCUUAAUUUCAGGAGUUUUUAGACCUGAAUCAGUGUAAUAAGUUGUGUGACAUACCUGGAGAUUUUUUCAAGUUUACUGUUAUAACCAGAGCUGCUGCUGUUUGUAUUUCUUGCAAAGCUCUCCACCCUAAGCCUGCUUUACAAGUGCAAUCCAUUGUCUAGGAGAUUCAGUAAGUGUUCAAUGUCUAAUUUUGAGAAAUUAAGUCUCUCAUGUCUGAAAAGAUCUGUUAGCAAAUGUGAUACCAGAAAUGUUAAUGAAAUAAAACCAUUUUUAUGUUA